AUGAACAUGGUGGGACCGCAGCUUGCAAGGUGGCAAGGGGCCGAGAUGAAGAGCGGGGAGAGCUGGGGUGAUAUCAAGGACGGAGAGGUCGCGUGCUCGGUGCUGUAUUCUGAUAUUGGGAAGAAGUUUUACGCCAAGCACGGCUGGCAUCCGUAUGAGAGUACGCACCUCGAGUUCCCGCCGCAGGCAUCACCGCCACCAUCGGAAUCGGGAGCGGCGGGAGCUGUGGGAGCGGUGCAAGUCGAGGCCGCGCCGCUAGGUUACCAUGAGCUAGCAGAGCUCUGCUCCGUCGACGAGCGUCUCAUCCGCGCAAAGCUGUCCAAGAAGAGCACAAAGACCCGCGUCUCGCUGAUCCCGGACCUGGACGCCAUGCUCUGGCACCUGAUGCGCGAGGACUACAUGACCAAGCACAUCUUCGGCCAGACACCCACCGUCCGCGGCGGGGUUGUAGGCGAGCAUGGGUCGCGGGUAUGGGCCGUGUGGACGAGGGGUUACUACGGCGGACUGAAGAAGCCCGAGGGGAACACGAUGCAUAUCCUGCGGCUCGCGAUUGAGGACGAGGAAGGGAGCGGAGACGAGUAUGUGCAGAGUGCCAUUGAGGCGCUGUUGAGGAUGGCGAGGGCGCAGGCGGCGGAGUGGAAGGUGAAUAACGUCGAGAUGUGGAAUCCUGAGCCCAGGGUGAGGGGACUGAUUGAGAAGGCGGGGAUUCCGCAUGAGUUUAUUGAGAGGGAGAACGAUAGCAUUGCCAGCCUCAUGUGGUAUGGCCAAGGAGAGGUUGAGUGGGUGCUCAAUGAGAAGUUUGGCUGGUGCUGA